AUGCUGCCCCCAGAAGACCCCCCAGAAGAUGGAGGCUGGGGCUGGCUGGUGGUCCUUGCAGGGUUCCUGGCCAACUCCUUUGAAGACCUGGUAGGAGUUUUCCAGGCCACCACGGCCCAGGUGUCCUGGGUGAUGGCCAUCACUUUGGCAACCCAACAGUUUGCAAGUCCACUGGGCACAGCUGCAAGUACCCGCUACAGAGCGCGCCCGCUGGUCGUGCUGGGUGGGCUACUGUCUUUGUUGGGCAUCUUUGGGGCCCCCUUCAGCACCUCCUUAUUCCAGUUAUACCUCAGCCUGGGAUUCCUGACAGGUCUGGGCUGGGCGUUGGCGUUCGCUCCCACCAUGGGGACCCUCUCCCAUGGCUACUUCCCCACCCGCCGGUCCCUGGCCAUGGGUCUGGCCUUGACCGGGAACGGCCUGACCUCUUUCGCCCUCUCUCCCCUCCUGCGCCUGGUGGCCGACCAUCUCGCCUGGCGAGGCACCUUGCUGGCCACCUCUGCCCUGACCCUCCACCUGGUGCUCACGGGGGCCCUCCUUCGGCCCCUGGCCUUGCGGGAAGACCCCCCUAAGUUGACCUCCAUCUUUGAUGUGGGCCUCUUGGCUCAGAGAGGCUUCGGGGCAUUGGCCCUUGGCACUGCCCUACUGGCCGCGGGGUACUUCACCCCGUACGUUCACCUGGACGCCUACAGCCGGGCGCUGGGCAUAGAACCGUACAGCGCAGCCUUCGUGGUCUCUAGAGCCGCCUUAGCCGAUGCUGUGGCCCGGCUGCUGGCCGGCUGCAUGGCCGACGGCAUCUCCUGCCCCCCCCCCGUCUACCCACUCCUCUUCUUCCCGGCCUCCUCCUCCUAUGCCAGCCUGCUCCUCCUGGCUGUACUCUACGGCGCCAGCGCGGGAAGCUUUGCAACGGUGGCUUUCGGCGUCUUGCCCGAGCCGGUGGGCAUCGGCCGCGUCGUGAACGCCGCAGGACUGUGCAUGAUGUCGAUGAGCAUCGGGGAGUUGCUAGGACCCCCUCUGUCAGACGUUUCAUGA